AUGGCUUUCUCUGAUGUUGUUGUCGCUCACUCAGCCUUCGAUGCUCUCCGCCUUGGAAGAUCUGCCCAGUUCAUCGUCGGUCGUCUGCUACGGUUUUGGGACUCUAAGAACAUUAAGAAACAAGGUGAAUUCAUGGGAAUCACUCUGCUCCUCCUUGAUGAGAAGAACUCGGUUAUACAUGGAUUCAUUCCUUCUGGUCGCUCCCCUUAUUACCGUCGGUUACUGAAAGCGGGCUCAGUCGUGAGAGUUUCUAGCUUUGAGGUUGCAAGAUGUACAAAUAUGUACAAGAUAACAGACCAUCCUUUCGUGAUCCGGUUCAUCCCUCAAACAACCAUUGAUGAAGUUGUCGCUAACGCUCCCAUGAUCAACGUUGAGAAAUUCAUGAUACGCAAGUUUGACCCUCUCCAAGCUCUCGCAAACACUAAUUUGGAGCUUCCCGAUGUUGUGGGGCAGAUUCAAUCUGUCCAAGGUUCGGACCUGACGGCCGCUGGAGUGAUGAGUCGAGUUGUUGUCCGUUUAAUGAUUGAACCGAUGGUGGUCGUGUACCUCUCUUUGUGGGAUGAUGCUGCAUCAAUGUUUAGGGGUCUCAUUAGCUCAGGUGAUAGGACACAGUCAGUCAUGGUGGUCACAACCGUGAAUCCCAAAAUAUUUGGAGGUUUGUAA